AUGCAGUUAAGAUCAGCGGAAGAGAGAGAUGAAUUCAAUACAUUUUUGAAAGAUGCUGGACGUCAACUUGUGGUAGUUGAAUUUUCAGCAAACUGGUGUGGUUUCUGCAAAGAGAUAUGUUCUGUUUUUCAUGACAUGUCUCUACAAUACCAAAACGUAAGGUUUGCUAUCGUGGAUGUGGACGAUUCUCCGGAGUUGGCUGAUGCUUGUCACAUUAAAGCAGUGCCCACAUUUCAGAUAUUCAAGAAAAUCCAGAAGGUAACUGUAUUCUCAAGAGUCAAAACAACAUUUUGCUGUAAUACAAGUGAAUCCAUGGCCGAGCAGGUAAGUGGAUCCACAGCCGAGCAGAUUUUUGAAUUUUAUGGAAUGGAUGUUAAAAGAUUGGAAGAGAAGAUUCAAGAGUUCAUGUAA